GGGACGCGCGGGUUGCCCAUCAAGGCCUCUUCGCCGGGUUGCCCUGAGCCAACACGUCGUAUAAAACGCCCCUCUCAUCGACUUCUGGGAGCACUGUUGCGCUUCCCGCUGCAUAAGGAUCGAUUAUUCCUUCAACAUGCCCGCCGUAGUCAUUAUUCUGUUGGGUAUCAUCAUCGGUGUCUCCAGUCAAGAGUCUUAUUACCAAUCGCCGCAUCAGGCGGCGAUUUUGAGCGACGCUCGUUAUCUCGCGGGUGAUGGCACAUUCGGCGCCGCCUACUCUCAGGAAGACGGAGUGGAAUUUAAGGAGGAAAGCGAUGUAGAGGGUAAUCGACGUGGAUCAUACUCGUACAUCGAUCCAACCGGACAAAGGCGCACUGUGACUUACACGGCCGGAAAGAACGGGUUCCAAGCGACCGGGGAUCACAUUCCCAGCGCACCCCCGCAGGUGCCACCGCAGCCGGAGUAUGUACCACUGGCGCAAUAUAAUCCGCCGGAUUACCAACCCCCGAGUUACGCAUCGCCAGCCCCUCAGCAGUAUCCGCGGCGCUAUCAACCGGAUUACGAACCGCAACCUGUCGUUUAUCAACCGCAGCCUCAACCGCGGCCUCAACCGCAGCACCAGUACCGACCGCAGCCGCCGCCGCCGCCGCCGCCGCCUCGCUAUCAUUAUCCCUCGGAGUUGCAAAGUAUAUCCUCGUACGCGCCACCGAGUUAUCAGCCGCACUAUCAGCCUCCACUUCGCCCCGCGCUCGCGCCCGCGCCCGCGCCGCAAUACAACGCGAUAACGACACCGGCACCCCGCAAUUUUUAUCCGCCGGGAAAACUCAGCUUCAAUCGGACCCCCGACGGCUUCUCCUAUACGUUCAGCAAGAGUUGAGUGGCACGCGAGUUUACGAUGUGAAAAGCGGUGACGUAUCCGUGAUGAAAUUAACGAAGUUUUUAUUUUAAUAACGUGUU